AUGUCAGCGCCAUCUCGAACCAAAACUACUACUGAGUCCAUUGUGAUCGAUGGUACGGCGUACGAGGGCGGUGGAGGGUUAAUUCGGUACGCCCUUGCCUUCUCCAGCAUCCUCAACCGGCCAGUCCACAUCCAUUCCAUUCGUGCCGGCCGGCCUGGGGUUGGAGGACUUCGAUCUGAACACACCGUAGCGGUGAGCACGAUGGCGCAACUCACCUCGGCGGUCGUGAUCGGGAAUCAUACAGCCAGUCGCGAACUCACAUUUACGCCGUAUGCCUGCUUAGACGCGGACGUGGACGUGGAAGCGGACGCGCUGAGCCCCCGACCUGUCUUGCAGCAGCAAAAGUUAGACGUCACACUAGAAGGGUCAGCCGGCAUUUUCCUCGUCGCUAUGCUGCCCUACCUUCUGUUCUCCCGCCUAGCAUGCAAAACCCAUCACAUCUCCACCACCACCACGCCGGACGAAUUCGAGCUCACGAUCCGAGCAGGCACGCUCUGCGUCAAGGCCCCUUCCAUCUUCUACCUCCGGCAGGUCUUCCUCCCGACCAUGGAACUGAUCGGUAUCGGAAGCAACCACCUGAGCAUCGUGCCGGACCACGAGCAGGGCUGGCACACCGACACCAACAAGCUGCGCGGCAAGAUGACGGCGCGCAUCAAGCCCUUACUCACCCCUCUCCCGGCAUCUGUGCUCGACCGCCGGGGCCGUGUGCAAACCGUCCGCGCUACCGCUCACGCACCGCCGCAGCUCCUCGACAAGUUUAAAGAAACGCUGGAAACGGAGUUGGCCGAUGCCAUCGCGCGGGAUGCUGGGGUUGAUAUCGCGGUGGACAUGUUUCCGUCCCUCAUCGACCAUCAGUACCACCUGCUCCUGGCCGCGGAAGCGACGGCGCCCGCCGCGUUUCUUGGCUAUGAGGAGGUGUAUCCGCAACGCGAUGUGUUCCCCUCGGAUCUGGAGGGGGACACCGACAAGAUCAUUCGUUACCUCGUACGGGCUUGUAUUCGAGGACUUUGGGAGGAGCUACGGCGGGGACAUGCCAUGGACGAGAACUUGGAGGACAUGCUAGCUCUGUAUCAGAGUCUUGCGGUGGGGUUUUCGUCUGUUAUAACCCCCCAGGGCGAUGGUUGUUCGGUCCCGGAGUUUAAUAUUGAGACGCCAGCUCUUCGGGACAUCAACUACAAGAUAGAUACAGGCUCGAUGCACCGCGAAACCAGUUGGUGGAUGGUACGCCAGUUCACUGGCAUCCAACUCGGGAUGGCCCAAGUGGGAGGGAGUGAGCGCGUGGGGUGCCAUGGGAUCGGCUUCGGCACGGAGGACGAGGCUGGACGCAUUACUGCCUGA